UCAGUGGCGGUGGGUUCGCGGCAGUGGCUUGGAGGUGGUGGUGUGCUGGGCGGCUCGGAGGGGAUCAGAUGGCGAUGGUGUUCUGUGGGCGGUGUGAGGAGGCUCUGCAUGGUGCUGGAUCUGCGGAGAGGCGGCCGCGGUCCGAGAUGGGGACGCGGUGAUGAAUGAUGGCAAAGAGCGUAAGAAGAGCUGUGGGAAAUGAUGCGGAGAGAUGGAGUGGAAAUGCGGCCGUUGGUUGAUUCAUGGCAAGGGUUUAUGCUUAGGGAGGUGCUUUCCACGUCGGGUAUUAACAAGAUUCGUCGCUCCUAUCUUUUCGUUUACACGCCUUCUUAAAUCUGGAGCUCUUCUUGUCCUCACUACCAUUUGUUGUCGGCCGCACUUCGGUCACACGAUAUCCAACGCCAAUGUCUGUUCGCUUUCGGCGUUGGCGGGCAAUAAGCCCGAGAGAACAUACUCGUACGGAAAACUAGUCUUCGAAAUCCUGGGGUACUCGGAUCUCUUUGCCACUUUCGACGACUUCAUCGGCAAGAUCAGCUCUCGUCAAGGACGUGUUCACCCAGACCCGGCGGUUGUCGGUUGCAACAUGGGCCUUCUGAAAGCAAUACAAUCCCCGAACGGACCUCUCAUCGCCACACGCAGUAUCCGCCAUCUGGUAUUGGUAUCUAAAUCAUGGGAGCAGGGUGCCCGAGGCAAACUAUACGCUUGGAAUUGCGACGCUGAGAGUAUCUGGGGAUCCGGAGAAACGGGAGGAUUACUGUGUUAAACGUACGGUCGACUUUGGCGCAGUCUCCGUCUGAGUGACGGAUUUGAAAGUAAUUAGGAGGAAAUGGGAGAUGCCUCAGUCAGGGCGAAAUGGCUGCACCGGGUACUGUUCUAGUUCUUGGUUUAUUCUAAUGGGUAUAUCGCUAUUGGAUC